AUGCUAACGCCUAACGGCGCCGCCACGUCGCAGGAGCACGACUGGGACGUCUGGCUGCGCAGCACCGAGAUGCGCGCGGGACGGGAGUGCGUGGUGCCCGACGUUUCCCGCACCUUCCACAAUGGGGUGGCGGGAGCGCACGUCAACGGCAUCCUGACACAGUCGCAGUUCGCAGGCCACGGCGUCACCGCCGACGCUAACAUCCGCCUGAAAGACGUCGAGAAGGUAUAUGAGUAUAUGAUACUUAUCCCAUAUGAAUUACCCCUUGCCUCCUACAUGACAGAAGCAUCUCUCAACAUGGGCAACAUUAUUCGGAAGUUACUCUUCUCCCUGGGCAGCACGAAGGUUCACAUGGUGCCCUUUCGGGACUACAUGGUGUGGGUUGCGACUGUCCGUGGGCGAACAUGGGCGGAGGCCAUCAUCGACGAUACACCCGGCGAGGACGGCUACUACGGCGCUCCCGUCAUGGUGGACGUGGCCAUCCCACUCAGCUCCCUCGGGCCGUGCUGGGACGUGCGCAAGGGGAGCGAGGCGGAGCGAUGGAGCUUCUGCAGGAGGUUCGGGGGAUAUGGAGGUUUAUGCGAGUGUGAUCGACCAGCCCCUCUGCACUACCCAACGCUAGAGCUGGCUGACAGUGCGAUCGACGAUGUCCCUCUUGGCAUUAUCGCCAGCACCAGACCGCAGGCUCUGUACAGAUGUCUCCUGACAGUGCUAAGACAACCAGGAGGUUCACUGGAUCGAAUUCUUGUAGUUCUGGAUGGAAACAACGAGGAAACAAUAGCCUUGCUGGAUCUGCUACGGGUGCGAUACAUAACGCAUAACAUGACAGGUCGCAGAUUUCCUGGCGCAGGAGCGCGCAUCUCGGCGCAUUUCCGCUUCGCGUUGCAUACACUCUUCACAACGUUUCCUCGCGCAAGCAAAGCCAUUAUUCUGGAGGAAGACCUGCUUGUGGCGCCAGACUUCCUCAGUUACUUUAACCAGACAGCGUGGCUGUUGGACGCGGACCCAACGCUUUUCUGCGUGAGCGCCUGGAACGACCUGGGAGCGCUCCACACGGCCAGACACCCCGACCGGUUGUAUCGGGUUGAAACCCAUGCCGGCUACGGGUGGAUGAUCACUCGGAGGAUGCUCGAAGAAAUAUACCCACAAUGGAAGAAAGCGGACAAGGAGCACGACUGGGACGUCUGGCUGCGCAGCACCGAGAUGCGCGCGGGACGGGAGUGCGUGGUGCCCGACGUUUCCCGCACCUUCCACAAUGGGGUGGCGGGAGCGCACGUCAACGGCAUCCUGACGCAGUCGCAGUUCGCAGCCACGGCGUCACCGCCGACGCUAACAUCCGCCUGA